CGUUUCCCUACAUUUUUAAUGAUAACGUUGAAGGAAGCUAGAGGCCAUCUAUCUAUUCUGGAUUUCCGCUGCUGACAAAGCCUUGUUUCUAGAGCUGUUUCUAUUUUACACACUUUCGUUUCCAUCUCAAAAUCUAUAUACAUUAUAGAGACAAACAGACCUUGUAACCAUAGAGCAGACGGUUAAUAUCCGACUCUAUUAGACGGGUCUGACAUGGCUUCUAGUAAUGAAAACGGUCAUGCUUCUCCAGAUGGCAGAACAUGGCGCAGUUACUUCCCAGACGGUGAUCUAUGGGUAUUUGGAUAUGGGAGCUUGAUCUGGAAGCCACCACCGCAUUAUGAUCAAAGAGUCCCGGGUUAUGUCAACGGCUAUGUGCGUCGCUUUUGGCAGGCUUGUACCGACCAUCGAGGAACGCCGGAAAAUCCCGGACGAGUAGUAACGGUCAUAGAACGAGGAUUCUGGGAGACAUUGAAUGACCCGCUCGCACACCUUGAAUCAUCGUCGUCAGCAGCUCGAGUUUGGGGCGCAGCAUACCAUAUUCCCGCUUCGCACGCCGAAGAAGUCCAUGAUUACCUCGACGAACGCGAGAUUGACGGAUACACCGUGCAUUACACUCCAUUCUAUCCGUUCUCAGGAUCAAAGACCUCGGGGUCAGAUUCUAAACCGCUAACCUGCAUGGUGUAUAUCGGGCAACCCACCAAUCCACAGUUCUUGCGUGACCCAGCCCGUCGUGAGCCGCAGGAUGUUGCGGAAGUGAUUAGUCGCGGACGAGGUCAGAGUGGGAAGAAUACCGAGUACCUUUAUCUGUUAGAGAAGGCACUUGAGGGUCUCGGGCUCGGAAGUGCCGAUGGUCAUGUCACGGAUUUGGUUCGACGGGUGAAGGCUAUUGAGGAGGAAGACGAAGCGGCGAGAGAUGAAGAAGCGGCUGAGAGGGAUUUACAGAAGUCGCUUAGUCGGUCGGAGGAGGAAGCACAUCGGGCUUUCCAAAACGAGGAAAGAGUGUGAUUUUGCAUUGAUGUCUCUUUAUGAUCCGUGGUCGGCGGUCAAGUGCAGGGCUUACAUAGACUACAUGGUUUCAGGCUGUAUAGGUUUCGGUUAUAGAUUGAAAUUGUUCUCUCUGUCAUGGAGAUUCAAUAUUAAAUGAGCAAUGGAG